AUUAUUUUUGGUUGGAUUUUUAUUUUAUUCCUUUUCCAAUUUACGGAUUCGACAGAGGCUUCGUUGGCUUCGUUCGUUCGACUGAAUUGCAGUUUGUUCUGAUGAAGGCAGGAAUAAUCUACUGCGGUUGAGAUUUCAAUUUGGGCCGAGGAAACUGUGACAAAUAGCUUUUAUAUUCGGCAAACAGGCGAGUGGAGAAUAUGGAGCACGAGGAGACAGGAUGCCAGGCUCCAGAGGGUCCUAUUCUUUGUGUCAACAACUGUGGCUUCUUCGGAAGUGCAGCCACCAUGAAUAUGUGUUCCAAGUGCCACAAGGACUGGGUUUGGAAGCAGGAACAGGCUAAACUCGCAGCUUCAUCCAUUGGGAAUAUUGUGAACGGAAGCACUAGCAGUAAUGGGAAGGAGCCUGUUGUUGCUGGUAAUGUGGAUGUUCCUGUUGCUUCAGUAGAGCCUAAGAUCAUAUCAACACAGGUGUCUUGUGCUUCAGCCUCAAGUGAGGGUGAGGUGAAGGCGAAAGAGAGUCCGAAUAGAUGCAGCACCUGUAGGAAGCGCGUGGGCUUAACAGGGUUCAAUUGUCGGUGUGGAAACCUUUUCUGUGUCAUCCAUCGCUACUCUGACAAACACAACUGCCCCUUUGAUUACCGAACUGCUGCUCGGGAUGCUAUAUCUAAAGCCAACCCAGUUGUCAAGGCAGAAAAGCUUGACAAGAUCUAAGAAGUUUCCGAGUAAAGAUUCAUGUGCUGCAAUAUAUUGCUUCUCUCUUUCCCAUGCGUCUUACAUUAUGUUGGCUGCUAUUCUCUGCAGGUGUCCAUUGUUGGUAUAAAUGAUUAGAGGCAUCAUAGUUAGGGCAUCUUUGGAGUCUGAACUCUAUAUUCCUUGCUGAUUGGGUGAGGAUUUCUUUGUUGGCUCCAGUGUGUUACUCUUCAUUUGUGCUGGUUUGAUGGACAUCAUUGUGGCUUAUAACUUGGUUAGCAUUGUAAUUUGUGGUCCUGGUUCACCUAACAUAUCACUCUGGUGCUACUUCCAUAAUGUACAUACAAUACUGCAAGGAUAUAAUUGUUAUCUGUGCA